CCCUAAGUUCCAGUGAAAGGAACUCUGAAUGUUUUGGCACAUCAAGACAUUUUGAACAAUUCCAAUUUUGUGGGAACAGUUUGGAGUUGGGCCCUUUCUUUUCCAACAUGACUGUUCAUCAGUGCACAAAGCAAGGUCCAUAAAGACCUGGAUGGCAGAGUCUGUCGUAGAUGAACUUGAUUGGCCUUACUUUUGUGCAGAACACUUGAAUUAGAUGAAUUAGAACAAAUACUGAGAGCCAGGCUUUUUCCUUCAACAUCAGUAUGUGACCUCACAAAUGGUCUUCAAGAAGAAUGGUCACAAAUCUCCAUCAACACACACCUGAACUUUGUGGACGACAUUCCCAGAAGAGUUGAAGCUGUUCUAGAUGCAAAGGCUGGACUGACUUCACAUUGAUCCCUAUGGGUUAGGAAUGGGAUGUCACUCAAGCUCAUAUGAGAGUAUGGUAUUAAGGUAUUACUUAAACAUGACAAUAUAAAUAAUCAUUUAUUACAUUUUUAAAUGAAACUGGAUUGUGAAUAUGAAUUUAGUUUAGGCAAAAAACUCCAGGACAGUAGAUGGCGAUAUAACAUUUAAAUGUCGCCAUAAAACCCAAGAAGAAGAAGAAGGCGGAAGCCAGAGAUUCAAGUGGGAAAAUGGCGGGUGGUUUCACAGAUAAACAUUUUGCUCAUCGCGUUUAUGACUCACUGCAGGCUUUGUCGUGUCCCUUGGUGCAGGACCUGUACCUGCAGGAGGAGGAGAGCAUGCUGGAGCUGCUGUGUCGCCCCUCGACGCUCCGCACAGACAUCCUGACAUGGAUCUGCCGCAGAAUCAACCCCAAGUUUGGAACUUCUGAAGCAAAGUCUGCAGAGUCCAAGGAUCCUGACGGCUUAGAGAAAAAAAUAGCUGUGAUGGGUCAGGAGCUGAUGCUGUGCAAAGCAGACGACUUGGAUCUGAUCAAGGGCAAAGCCAGCCCUCAGCGACAGCUCGGCUUCCUGGAACAACUGUUGUCUCUUGUUGCCGGUUCUGCUGGGCGCAGAACCGACGUAGAGGUGCUGCUGAGUGAGAUUUUUGCUGCAGAGAAUCUGCCUCACCUCAGACAGAUGCUCCAGCCGGCGCUGGAUCCCUGGCCUGCUCACAUCGAAGCUCUGUAUGAAGUCCCAGAGUCGGCUCCUAAGGCAGGAGAAGAGUUUCCAGAUGUUUCUGACCUUCUGCAGUCCACUCAGACACAACUGGAGCAGCUGCAGUCCAAGUGUGACUUCCUGAACUGCACUGAGGAGAACCUUGCUGCUCUCUCACCGAGCUCGCUACGUUUAGCAGCAGGCGACCUCCAGCAACAGAUGAUGACCUUCAGUCAUCUGUACGAGACAGACCUGAGGGUCUACUGCGGCAGAGACCCUCCCAGCUUCAGCGCAGAGACCGACCUCUUCCAGAGGGUGCAGCAGCAGCUGCUGGCCUGCAACACGGAGCUGGAAAUGCAGAAGGAAAUACGUGAAGCUUCAGGGUGUGUAAGCGAGGAGGUGAAAGGUCUACAGACACAACCUCGCUACUGGAGCAGAGGAGAGAAACACACACUCCCGGAUCAACUGGAGGAGAUCAGCCAGCGGGUUGAGAACAUGGCCUCACAACGCCACACCUGACCAUCAUCAUCAUCAUCACAGCUCUGACAUGGAGCAGAUCCUAAAACCCUGAUCAGGAUCAGCUGCUCAGUCUGAAGCCAUGCAGUGUGAGGAAUAUGACCAGACUGGUGAAGAUUUUAAAAGGUUAACAUCAUUAUGAAUUAUGAGCUGCUAUUUGCUGUCACCUCAAUUCAACUUUCAGAGCUCACGAUUUAGCAAACAUCCUGAUUCACCCAGGACUCUCCAACUUGUAAAUAAUUGUAUAUCUCUACGUGAAAAUAAAGAUUUGAAGUUUGA